AUGGCAUUGACAGCCAAGAGCUUCGUCUACGACGUGCUCACUAAUCCGCAACAUACAAGAUGGAUUGCACCUCUACUCAUUCUAGGCGACGCGCUACUCUGCGCCCUCGUCAUAUGGAAGAUCGCUUACACUGAGAUUGACUGGUCGACGUAUAUGCAGCAAGUCUCUCUAUAUAUCUCCGGCGAACGCGACUACCUCCUGAUCAAAGGCUCAACCGGUCCCCUCGUCUACCCCGCCGCCCACGUAUACAUUUACACCUUCCUCUACCACCUCACGGAUGAAGGCCGUGAUAUUCUCCUCGGGCAGGCGCUCUUUGCCGUGCUCUACCUGGCUACACUGGCUGUGGUAGUUGCCUGCUACAGACAAACGGGAGCUCCUCCUUAUCUUUUCCCGCUCCUUGCUCUGUCCAAACGGCUGCAUAGCAUAUUCGUCUUGCGCAUGUUCAAUGAUGGCGUCGCGACUUUCGCCAUGUGGCUUGCUAUUUAUCUGUGUGUGAGGCGCAAUUGGACAGCGGGAAUUGCAGUGUGGUCUUUUGGAGUUGCGAUUAAAAUGACACUUGUCCUGCUUGUGCCUGCUAUUGCGGUCAUCACUCUUCUCAGUUUGGGGUUGGCGCGAAGUAUUUCGCUUGGAGCUAUGGCUGUUCUUAUCCAGGUCCUACUUGCAGUUCCCUUUCUCCAGACUAAUAGUACAGGCUACCUCUCUCGGGCCUUUGAGCUAUCCCGCCAGUUCUUGUUCAAAUGGACUGUGAACUGGCGGUUUGUAGGAGAAGAAACAUUUCUCUCAAGGGAGUUCUCUGUGGGUCUGCUAGUGCUGCAUAUAUCCUUGUUGGCUAUUUUCUUCAGAAACUGGGUAACACCUUCAGGGUCGAACAUCGUUUGCUUCCUUCAGGACACUAUCCAGGGACGUCAAAAGACAGUUCCACUCUCAAAAUCGUUCACUAUGACCGUGAUGUUGAGCUCACUGGCCAUCGGCUUGCUAUGCGCCAGAUCCUUGCAUUACCAGUUUUUCGCGUAUCUCGCGUGGGCUACCCCAUUUCUUCUCUGGCGCGCAGGUAUCCACCCAGUUCUUAUAUACGCCAUAUGGGCGCUGCAAGAGUGGGCUUGGAACGUUUUCCCUAGCACAAACGCAAGCUCGGCGGUUGUGGUGUUGUCGCUCGCGGUCCAGGUAUUUGGCGUGUUGUUCAAUGGCUCGAGCGAGGUAGAUAAGAAGACUGACAAGGGGAACAGCCGCGGCAAGGCAACUGUCCAAAAAUGA